CCCCUGACCUCUGUUUGGACAGUGCUGUUUGGCCCUGUGCUGAUCACAUGCACUCUCUCAAGAAAAAAAAAAACAAAAACCUCUCUGCCAAAAUACACUAAACUGAGCAUGUGCCUGAUUGCAUGUACAGCGCAGAACCCUUUGGGGCGUAGUAAUAAUAAUAAUAAUAAGGAGGAGCAGAGAAGUCAGGAUCAAACAGCCUUUUUACACAAUGCAGAGGAUUAACCCCUUAAGUUCCACAGUAAGUAUAACAAGCAUGCUUUGCUGCAUAUACAGACUGAUUUUACUGUUGUGGGUUUAGUAACACUU